AUGUCUCGAGGCGGAACCACCCUCUACGUGACUGGCUUCAGCCAAGGCACGCGCGCGCGAGACCUCGCCUACGAAUUCGAACGCUAUGGUCGACUUGUGCGCUGCGAUAUUCCCGCACCUCGCAGUGCCAGCAGCAGGCUGUUCGCCUUCGUCGAGUAUGAGGAUCGCCGCGACGCAGAUGAUGCCUAUCACGAGAUGCACAACAAGCGCAUCGGUCGGGACGAUCUUCUGAAGAUCGAGUGGGCCCGCACUCCUCCCUCGGCCUCCUGGCGAUUUGAUUCUGGUCGCGAGGAGCCUCGUUCGUCCCGCGACGGAACUCGUGAUAGCGCUCGCGAUGGCGCUCGUGGUGGCCGCGGCGGCGCUAGAUCACCUCGUCGCGGUCGAUCGCCUUCCCCUCGUCGCAGCACGCGCGAGUACUCACCGAGAAAGGAUGAUCGCCGUGGUGGUGACCGUGACAGAGACCGAGAUUACGACCGUGAGCGCCGUGACACUCGCGAUCGUUCGCGCAGCCCGGAUACUCGCGACCGCGACCGAGACGACCGAGACGACCGCGACCGACGUGAUGGCGGUACCAAUGGCGAUGACCGAAAACCCAUCGACAGCCCCCCUCCUCAGCACGACGACCUGGAUGUUGCGGACUGA